CUUCUGGAUCGCAAUCGCUCAGCGGCCCUGUCCUUGCCCCUGCAGCUCCAUCUCCAGCAUGGACGACCUUCACGAUCCGCUCGAGGCCCCGCCAACCUCAAUCAACCCCGCAACGCCAUACUACAACCCAACGACGCCCUAUUUCAAUCCAACGACACCGUCGUCCAGCUAUUUGGUGUCCAACAAUCCCAACACGCCGUUUGCCCAUCCGAGCGCCGGCCAUCCAACACCCGGCUCUGGAGGACUGGUCGUCUUGCCGACCGGAGACGGCUCUGCGGCUGCUCAGCCGACCGCUUCGUCGGCGGCGAUCCGAUCCCGCAAUAUCUUUGGAGGGGCCUCGCAGCCACUCGCGCCAUCCUCUGCCGAUGCCGAUGCUUCGGGCUUGGCCACGCUCGCCAGCACAGCCGCGGCCGAUUCUUCCCUGCUGGAUUUUGACUUUAUCAAUCUAUUGACCGAGAGCCUGGAUCAACUCACUCGACCCGGAUCCGAGUCCGAUGCAAGAGACGUUGGUCGCAAGAUUGCCGCCCUGAACGACAAGCUACUCAAGACACACCAUCGGAUCCUCGAGCUCGACGGCAUCGAUCUGAACCUCUCGCAGCAAGCUGACCAGAUCGAGCGACUCGAACGGGUCCUCGCGAAACGAGAGAAGCAAGUCGAGGUUUAUCUGAAUCUGCCGAUAUUCUCCAAGAUCUCGUGAGGCCUGGACGGCCUGGAUGGCAUGGCUGGCGCUUGCCUGAAUGCACGACGUCGUCGCCAUUUGGAUUGGAUCCAGCGCGACCUCACCGGACGCCGUGCCCUGCUGCUAGUUCAAGUCUUUCCAACGACCCAGCUGCACCACACAGCUAUCGAUAUCGCCACUCGAGAGGGAGAGGGAGUUGGAAUGGCUGCCGAUGCCGCAACGCCAAAACAAACGACUCUCCAGGGCACCGCAAAGCAGAUGAGCGAGCGGAUUCUCAAGAGGGCGAAUGUGCGCCUCAUUUGCGAUGCACACCCCAGAGAAUCUAUCCAUCCCAUCCAUCAAGCGAGACUUGCUGAGCACUCAAGACAGGGCCACCCACACCCCGUACUGACGCCCUGAUCGCAUCACAUCAAUACACGUUAUGUCCAUCUCUCACAGCA